CGUGAACGGGGGCAGAGAACGGAGGCACGUUCAUUCCGAUCCCUACCGCCGUAAACAUGGCGCUUAACCUCACCGUCAAGGUGCACCCCGUGGUGUUGUUCCAAGUCGUGGACGCGUACGAGCGACGGAAAGCGGAAUCGUUGCGCGUCAUCGGCACCUUACUGGGUACCGUGGAGAAGGGCGUCGUCGAGGUGACCAACUGCUUUUGCGUGCCGCAUAAGGAGUCCGAGAGCCAGGUGGAGGCCGACCUCACGUACGGCAUGGAUCUGUACGACCUGAAUCACCGGGUCAACGCGCAGGAGAAUAUCGUCGGUUGGUGGGCCACCGGCAACGAGGUCACCACGCACUCGUCCGUCAUCCACGAGUAUUACGUGCGGGAGUGCAAUAAUCCGGUGCACCUGACUGUCGACACUACACUGGCGAACACGACGAGAAUGGCGAUCAAGGCCUACGUUUGCGUCCCGUUGGGCGUGCCGAACGGCAAGCAGGGCUCCAUGUUCACUCCGGUCAAAGUUCAGAUUACGUGCUACGAGCCAGAAGUGGUGGGCCUGCAGCUGUGCUCGAAGACUCAGCUGCCGUCUCACGUACAGGCGUCCGGAAUUAAAUCUGCCGGGGGGAUAGAACCCAUGAUGGAUCUUGCGCAGGUCGCGGAGGCUUGCUCCAAGCUUUCUUUAAUGUUGGAGCAAGUGCUGGCGUACGUCGAUGACGUUCUAGCGGGGAAACAGCUGCCGGACAAUCAAGUAGGCAGGGCCCUUCUGGAUAUGGUGCAUUCCGUGCCGAAAAUGACGAGCGAUCAGUUCGACGAAAUGUUUAACAGUAAUGUCAAGGACCUCCUGAUGGUUGUCGCGCUGUCUCAGUUGAUAAAAACGCAGCUGCAGCUUAACGAGAAGCUCACCCUGCUUACAACUCUAUGAUCAAGAGCGUUCGGU